AUUAUCUCGUGAAAACGAACCUCCCUUUCUGCCUGCAAAAAACGCGAGACCUUCUCUCUCCAAACCGAACACAGACGGGCGAGGAUAACAAACAAAAACAAUUUGACGCUUCGACGGAUCCGAACGGAACCAAAAAAAGAAUUUAACAGAAAACCCUAACCCUAGUUCGCGAAUUUUCCCGCCACCGACUUCGCUUUCCCUCGCUAUCUCGCUCUGUCUCUCCGUCUUUCUUUGCAUGAGAGGGCCGUAACCAGGGCUAGGGUUAGGGUUAGGUUACUAGGGUUAGGGUUUGGGGGAAUGGACUGUUUUGGCUCGUCGCGGCCAUGACUGGAAGCCGAUGCUCUCGGCGGAAGAUGAUGGGUAGGGGUGCGGAGGGAGGUUGUGGGACUGAACAGAAGCCUUGCCCCGUUUCUAGGGUUUCCAACAACAAAUUUCCCGCCAAACGACAACAGCAGCAACCGGCCGAGAUUGAUUUCUACGCGCAGGCUCGGAAGGCGCUCUCCGAGCGUUGCCCCUAUGAGUCUGACGAUGUUCCACCGUCUAGGGUUUCUACGCUUCCCGUUGGGUUGGCUGAUUUCCUGUCGAAGUAUUCUGAUGGUAGGAAGAAGCAUAAGAAAUCUCAUUCGGAGGCCGUAGCUAAGAAGGCUUCGGGGCACGGGGCAGUGUCACAGCCACAGGUUUCGAACAUUUGGGUAGAGAUGGAGGACUACUUCAGGCCUGUUAUGUUGAAUGAUAUCGACAAUUUGUUUGCUUUGGGGACUCCUCUUGGUUACUCAGCAGCUGACUUGUCGCGUUUUUCUAUUCCUAAAGUGCGGGAAGCUGUGGAAGGAAAUGUAGAUUCUUCUUCCACCGCUGGAACUGAUGCCAAUGCAGUUGAAGUUGAGGUGAAGCCGGCAAUUGGUGCUAAUGAGCUGGAGAACGCGAGGACAGUUGCUGAAGAGGCGGUUGUUCCAGAAGAUACGGAGAUGGAGGAACCUGUUUCUGAGGAGGUGGGUGAUAAGGAGAUAAAGGAGGAAGAGCAAUACAUGGAAAUUGACAGUGGGGGAGCUGAUAUUUUGCCACAAGAAGAAAUGACCUCUUCAGUGAUGCCGUCCUCUUUUCCAUUGUGGCCUAGUUUAGAGUGGCUUUUGGGAUCCAGGAAUAAGAUUUUACUUACCUCGGAGCGGCCCUCCAAGAAGAGGAAGCUCCUAGGCGGAGAUGCAGGCUUAGAGAGACUGGUCGUUGCACGACCAUCGGAAGGACAGGGUUCAUUCGUCUGCCACGUAUGUUGCCUGGGCGAAACUGGGGAACAGUCAAAUCAGUUGCUGGUCUGUGGUUCUUGUAAUGCUUCAGUUCAUCAGAAAUGCUAUGGCGUGCAAAAUGUUCCGGACGUGUCAUGGUUGUGUUCUUGGUGUAAGCAGCAGGCUGAUGUGAAAACUGGGUUGCUAGGAAAAGGAACUGUUGGUAAUGGCAACGGAUUAUUUUCUAGGCCCUGUGUGCUUUGCCCAAAACAGGGUGGUGCUUUAAAACCAUUGGGCAAGGACGGUGUUGAAAGCAAAAGUGGUGGUGCUGUGAAGUUUGCACACUUGUUUUGUUGUCAAUGGAUGCCUGAGGUAUAUGUAAAAGACACAAAAAUUAUGGAGCCAAUUAUGAAUGUGGAAAGUAUAAAGGAUACACGGAGAAAAUUAGUUUGCAAUUUAUGCAAGGUGAAGUAUGGCGUUUGCAUUCGCUGUAGCCAUGGAACUUGCAGAACUUCUUUUCAUCCUAUAUGUGCAAGGGAGGCAAAACAUAGGAUGGAAAUCUGGGGAAAGACUGGUUUUGAAAAUGUUGAACUGCGGGCCUUUUGUUCAAAGCACUCAGAGUUUCAGGAAGUUAGUGCAAACCAGCAUUCAAGUAGCCUACUCUCUGUGAAUGUUGGUUGUGAUUCUUCUGCAGCCAACGAAUUGCCUGUUACAUUGCUGGAAGACAAACCACAUAAGUUAAAUCUGGGACCUAGGAAUGGAGACAACAACAUGGUUCAUGUUAAUAGAAAGGAUGCUAAUUUAGAUAAAUUGGAUAAUGUUAUGACACCAUUGGAACAAGAUGCCAAACAUAUUUCAGAAUGUGGUGAUACACAAGAAUCUAUUGGCGUUGUGCCACAUGAGAGAAAUAACAAUGGGGAGAUUAACCUACCUGAUUCCUUAGAUUUUGUACAGAUUCUGAAGAAGUUAAUUGAUCGAGGGAAAGCUUUUCUGAGUGAUGUAGCACUAGAAAUUGGCAUUUCAUCUGAUUCAUUGGCUGCAGUGCUUGCGGUACUCAGAAAAGGUGAUCGCUCGUCAUUUCUCCCUGACUUGAGAUGCAGGAUAACUAAGUGGCUUGGGAAUCAUGCUUAUAUGAGUGAUUCUCAGAAAAAAUUGAAAAGUGGGAGGAAUUCCGCUAUUUCAUUAAAGGUCGGUGUAGCAGGUCCUGAUGGAUCAAAUGCUGUUGUGGUUGCCAGUCCCGAUGUUCGUGAUAAUGUUCAUGUUAAAUCGGUGCCACCAAGAAGGAGAACAAAAAGCAACAUAAAGAUUUUGAAGGGUAGCAAAGUUGUGUGCCCAUCUAAGGAAACAUCUAUGCACAAAAACGAGAAUGGAGCAAUGAUAGUUAAUCAACACACACUUGUUCUCACUGAAGAUCCGAAAAAUGGUUCCAGUAAUGAGCCUCUUUCUCUUGAUGGAUAUUGUUGUAAAGAUCCAGGUGGCAUUGAAAAGGUGUUGGGUUCUUCUGUAGGACAGCCAACUAAAUCUAAAGUGGAUUCUGCUGAACCUGCUAAAAGCAACAUAUUGGAGAAUGGUGAAUUAGGAUACUAUGAUACUUCUAUUGAGGAUGUUCCAGUCACUUCUAGUGGGGAGCGAUCAAGUUGUGUUGUUGAUGCAGCAGUGCCUAUUAUGAAUGGCCACAUAAGUGGAGAAGAUGCUUCAAGUUGUUAUACUCACCCAUUUAUCAGCAAAAGGUUGAUACAAAUGCAGACUAUGUUUUUCAAGCAGAAAAACUCAGUUCCUGAAUGUGAUGAUUCAAGGGAGAAAGGUAUGCCUUCCAUGGAUGGAGAUUACACUGCCAGUGUUUACUGUAAUUACCAAGAUCGACUUUCAACUUGCAGUGACAUGGAUAUAUCAGAACAGUUGGUUAAGGCCCGGAAAAUGGGAAUUUUGGAUCUUUCUCCAGAAGAUGAAAUAGAAGGACAACUUAUUUACUUUCAGAAUAGGCUAAUAGACAAUGCAAUUGCAAGAAAACGUCAUUGUGAUAAUUUAAUUUUUAGGGUUGCAAAAAGACUUCCCCAGGAGAUUGAUGAUGCAAGGAAGCAAAAAUGGGAUGCGGUGCUUGUCAACCAGUAUCUUUGUGAACUCAGAGAAGCCAAGAAACAGGGUAGGAAAGAGAAAAGGCACAAAGAGGCUCAGGCAGUGCUUGCUGCUGCAACGGCUGCAGCAGCAGCCUCUUCAAGGAUUUCAUCACUUAGGAAGGAUGGACAUGAUGAAGCUGCUCAUCAUGAGAGUCUGUCGAAGUUGAACACAGUCAGUGGGAGGGCUGGACCUUACUCUCCAUUGUUACCACGAGCAAAGGAGACACUGUCAAAGUUAGCUGUUGGAAGGGUGUCAUCUGAAAAGCAGUCGGACAGCUUUCAGUUGUCAUAUGAUUUUCCAAAAGAACAAUCAAGAUCAUGUGAUAUUUGUAGACGACCUGAGACAAUAUUGAAUCCGAUUUUAGUUUGUUCUAACUGCAAGGUUGCAGUUCACUUAAUUUGUUAUCGCAAUGUUAAAGAUCAAAUUGGUCCAUGGUACUGUGAAUUGUGUGAAGAUCUAUUACCAUCUAGAAGCCCUACAGGUCCAGCUGUGAAUUCUCAGGAGAAGCCUUCUUUUGUUGUACAUUGUGCUUUAUGUGGUGCCACUUCUGGUGCCUUUAGAAAGUCAACUGAUGGCCUGUGGGUUCAUGCCUUCUGUGCUGAGUGGGUGCUGGAGUCAACUUUCAGAAGGGGUCAACAAAAUCCUGUUGAAGGGAUGGAGGCCAUUUCAAAGGAAAGAGACGUUUGCUUUAUUUGUCAUCGCAGAGUUGGUGUAUGUAUCAAGUGUAACUAUGGUCACUGUCAGAGCACAUUUCAUCCAUAUUGUGCUAGAAAUGCUGGCCUCUUCAUGCAUGUAAAGACUGGUACAGGCAAGUUGCAGCAUAAAGCUUAUUGUGAAAAGCAUAGCUUGGAGCAGAAAGAAAAGGCUGAAACUCAACAACAUGGGGUGGAGGAGCUAAAAGCUAUAAAACAAAUAAGGGUUGAACUGGAAAGGUUACGCCUACUUUGCGAGAGAAUUGUCAAACGGGAAAAGUUGAAGCGAGAAUUGGUUCUUUGCUCACAUGAUAUACUUGCUUCAAAAAGAGAUGCUGUUGCUUUUUCUGUGCUCGUUCACAGUCCUUUCUUUCAACUUGAUGUUAGUUCAGAAUCGGCUUCUACCAACCUCAAGUGUGUGGAUGACCAUAAAUCCUGCAGUGAAACUAUCCAUAAACCAGAGAACGCCACCUUUGAUGGCAUGACCUCUGGUAAACGACGAGUUAUGGUUCCUGUUCCCAUGGAUUUUGAGCAGAAAAUUGAUGAUAGCUCAACAUCUCAACACAUAGGCACACGAAGACCAACCGAGAGGAUGGCCUUUUCCGGGAAGCAACUUCCUCAUAGACCUGCACCUGUUGCCUCACGAAACUCCACGGAUGAAGGGGAAAGGAAAUCCAAGUCAAGAAAGCACACUGAGACUUUUCAAAAAGAGCUGGUAAUGACAUCAGACCAAGCAUCCGUGCAGAAUCAGCGGUUACCUAAAGGUUUUGCUUAUGUUCCUCUUGACUGCCUAUCAAAAGAGAAGCUAGUUGCCCGUGACACGGCUUCUCAUGAACCAUUGGAACGUGAUGGGUAGGGCUUGAUAUUGACUUAUGUGGGUUUUGAUUGCCUUUCUCAUGGCCAACGACCUUUUAUCCUGGCUACUCUGCUCGGAGGUUCACAUACAUUUAAUUGCGAAAUUUGAGUGGAAAAAGGAUAAUGAUCCAAUGGGAUAGGGUUUUGGCCAAGUGCAUCCUUAAAUAGGAAUUGCUGCUUGGGUUCAGAGAGCAAAGUUUUGACAUCAUUGUUGUAUAUUUAUCCCGGGGAAACUGUACAGAGGGUGAGAGUUGGUCUCAAUUACAUGUAUGCUGACAAGCUUCAGUUGCUUUAUCUGGCUGCUUGUCUCCCUGGUGGAAGGAUAACAUGGAAGCUAUGCUUCUUCCCUGUAACUGUAUAUGAGGAAUUAGAAGGUAUCCUUAUGUUGCAUACUCUGUAAAGUUAGUGUAUAUAUUUCUUGAUUUAGUCAACGCAUUUGCAUGAAAUACCUUACAAGGUUCAGAUAGCUGAUAUUUCUACUGUUAGUUUCUGCACAGCACUCUUGUAAGUCUUUUUAAAGAUAUACAUAGUGUCUGAAAUUAUUUUCCGAUGUUAUGCCAUUUAGGUUAACCUAUCACAUUCACGACGUGGCUAUUUUUUUCAAGGUUUAUUGACAUUGGUUCAUUUGGAAGCUGGAUUUUUAUUGUUCUCCAUUGUUAUCGUUUUUCUUUUUCUGCUAAAAUAUUGUGAACUUUGGAUCACCAUGGUCAUUGUUUGUGUUCGUAGUAAGCAUGAUAGAUUAUUGAGAUUCUUAAACUUAUUGUGAGAGAACGCACUGUAUUGCUCUAAUGCCCUUUUGACAUUGUUUAUUUCUGACUUUUCUGCCUUGAUAUGAAAGCUUUGGCUUUUAUGUUAUUUUUGAUGCUUCAAGUCAUGGUCUUUCUUGAUGUGGCAUUCCUGUUGGGGAGGGAGACGUGGCCUUUUACUGUAAGUUUUCCCAGGACCUCAAAUGGAUGUCACGAGAAGGUGCAUUUACAAGCAGUUUAACCAUUGCGACACGUGUUUCUAAUUGAUGGUUCAGUUUUUACUUGUGUGGACCACACAACUGAUUGCUGGUAAGGGUUUCCUUGACAAUGAACAGAAGUCAUGGUUUCGUCAUAAUACCAGGCUUAUUUUUUCUAGAAAAUUUGUCACUGACUGAAUACGUUCUCAAAUGAAUUUUAUUCCCUUUGUUCAGAGCAGCAGCAGUAUCUUAGGAAUUUCUUGGUUGCACUAUUCCAAUUCAUGCAUAUUGAUAGACUAAAUUGCUAUGGGACUAGGGCAGGAAAAUAGGGGAUGAUGAGUGUUCACUUAAAACAAGAUCCCAAGAGCUAUGUGGCAAAAUAAACAGUAUUUUGGGUAUGAGAACCAGAACUUGAUAGCAUGUGUACCAGUUGGAAGUUGCUACCAUUUUUACAUUGGGCCGUUUUUACAACUGCUGGACAGAAAUGUUGAUCAAGGCCAUAUGGUUUAUGAUGUUCAUGCUUACUCAUUACUUGGUUCGUUUGUGUAAGAUCGUAUUACAAUUAGCAGCAUUAUCCUUUUUUGUUGAGAUGCCGCAUGCCAAUAAUUUCUCUGAAAAGAUUUAUUCAUGUUAACAUUGUUUAAUAAGGUAUUUUACUGUGAUGUUGAACUAAAGUACUUCCACAACCACCCAUUCGUGACAUAAAGUGGAAGAUGGAGCCUGGAGGAAUGCUGUGAUUUGGUUGCCCUUUCCUAGACGUCUGCUUGGUAAUGAAGAGAAACUUUGGCCAUGCUGUCAUUGCCAAGUGAAGCCUUUUCCUCUAUUUAAGCAACAAAGCAGUUGUGAGAUUGAUUAUGUUACUGAGCAACUGUUGAAAUAUUUUCUAAAAAACAAUUUAGGCACUGAUCUCUCUAUGUGGUUGAGUGGUUCAUAAUAUGCUUGAUUUCUGUUUCUACCAUAUUUCACUGUGACAUGGCAUCUUGGACAAUGUAAAGAUCAAAAGUAAACCCUUGAGAUAGAA